AUGCUCAAUAAAUAUUUUACUUUUUAUAAGGUAUGCAGAGAAAAAGAAAAGCUUUAUAAGUUCAUUAAGAAUGUCUAUGCUGAAAAAAUCAAAUAAAUUGAAGAAAGUUUAGCUUAUGCUAAUGAUAUUUAAUACACAAUAUUAGCUUUAGAAAAUACAAAAUUGAUAAAAAAUGAGAAUACUAAAUAAAUUGUAGAUAUAUCUAAAUAAAUAUUUCAUAACUUCAAUAUAUCUAAAUUGGAUUCUGCUUAAACUGCAGUAGAUUUACUAAAAGUUUUGACUCAAAAUCUCUAAGCUAAGGAUGUUAGAUUAUAUAGAGAAAUAUAUUAAUUUUAUAAAAGGUAUUCUUAAUUUUUUAAUCAAUAACAGAUAGAGACUCUGUAACAUUGUUAUUAUUAAUUAGCAAAGUAAGUUGAAUUUAAUGACUUAAUUCAAAUUGAUGAGCAUAUUUCUUCUUUGAAAUAUACUCAGAAUUUUAAAUUUAUCUAAUCUGAUAUUUAUCAAAUUAAAAAAAAUGAAGACUGGAAAGUAAUGUUAAAAGAAGAUUCUCAAUAGCUGACAAGUGCAGCAAUAUUAACACAUAAAAAUGGCAUUACAUUAAGAAUUUAAGGAGUUUUUUAAAAUAAUUAUGAAAGUAUUAUUGAAACAAAAAAAUUGAUAUCAGAGAAAAAACCCGAUAUUAUUAUUUUAAAUAUUGCUCCUAUUAUUUUAAAUUAGAUUUAAAAAGAUAAUGAAUUAAAUAUUGAAUAAAUUAUAGAUACAAAUAAUUAAUCCUAAAAAGAAGAAGAAUAGAAUAAUAAACAAGUUUUUGUAAGCGAUUUAGAUCCUCUUAUAGAAAAAUUAACAAAAAAGUUUUAGGUUUAAGUUGAAAAACAAAUUUUGACUGGAUUUUAAUAAGGAUUUUAAGUUCCAUUUACUAUGGAAUCUCUUCUUUAUUAAUUUUUUUAAUUAAGAAAAGAUUAAAAAUAACCUAUUUUUAUAUUAGGAGGGUUAAGUUUAGAAGAUCAAAUUAGAUUAUAUGUUUAGACAAUCCCUCCAGCAAAAAUUACAUAGGAAUUAUCAACUUUGAGAUAUCAAUGGUUGAAUCAAUUAUUAUGUGAUUUUUCUGAUAUUAAAAAAAGUGGAUGUAUAUUAUGUAAUUCAUAGCCUAAUGGUGUUAUACCUCCAUCUAAAAUUCUUAAUGAAUCAUAAAAGAUGAAAAAGAUUUAAGCAGAUUUUCUUGCUGAAAUGACAUGUAAAUAUAUAGGUAGUAGUGGUAAAAAACAAUUUUUAGUUGUUGUUUAAUAAUCAUUAUUUUUUGAAACUCUUAAAAGUAUAGCAUAAAGAAAUAUUGAAAAAAAUGAUAUAGAUAUUGAUGUUUAUAGAACUGAAUAUUUGGAAAAAUUAGAAGCUAAAAAAAUUUUAAAUUAAAAACAUUAUUAAACUUUUUAAUAAUUUUAUGAAGAGUAAAUAUAUCAUAAAUUAAUUAGUGCUUUAAAUUUUGAGAAACCAUAUAAAUAUUGUUAAUAAGAAAUGUUGGAUUUAAAUAAAUUUUCAAGUUUGAAAUAUAAAAAGAGUUAAGACUUACGCUGUGGAAUAAGAGAUAUAUUAUUUUGA